AGAGGAAGGGCGCCAAUCCCCGCCAAGGGCCCGGCUGGCUCCCGCCGCCCCCCGCCCGCCUGUCUCCUCCUUCCCUGGGCGCGAGCGAGGACGAGGGCGCUGAGCGGCGCGCGCCACGACGAGAGCUGCCCGGGCCGGAGGUGCCUCCUGCUGCUGCUGCUGCUGCUGCUGCAGCCGGGAGGGCGGUGGGUGUUUGCGGCCCCUCUUCAGCCGGGCGGGCUCCCUCCCCCGCUCCGUCCCCGCCGAGGGGUGGCAUGUGGGCAGCGGCGAGCGGCCGGGAGGGUGAGCCAGGCGGCCGCGCCCGCAAGCAGACGCGCACGCAGGCGGCGGCGAAAGAUGCUCCGGUCGCCAUGGCAGCGCGGCGGCGGCAGCACCAGCCGGCGGAGACGGCGGAGUGAAUAUCCAAACCUGCAUUGAUGAGGAACUUUGGGGAAAGGAUUAAUCAUUCCUGCAGUUCUUGAUGGAAUUUCUUCAUCUUCAAAACCCAAGGAGAAGACUCUGAAAGAAAAUUAGGCCAAGGGCCUGCUAGAAAGAGGAUGGCAGUACCCUGUGGGUGCUGAAGAAUAUUGGAUCUGUUUCUGAGAGGCUAAAGUCAGCAGCGGGGAUAUUUGGUGCUUGAAGCUUAUUGUUUUGUGCCCUCUGAACACCAUAGCCGUCUUUUCCCCAUUUUCCACUCCUCCUACAUCCCCUGAGAACCUUAAAUUCAUCCUGUUUUCAUUCAGUGGAGAGAAAACGGAGGUGGGGGCUGUGUUUAAGGAAUACUCAACUAAGUUGAGAAAAGAGAAUUUUUAAUUAAAAAAAGAGAGCAAGAAAGACACAGAGACAAGACUGGUGGUCUGUGGUGGUGGCUAAUAUUUUAGAAAGCUUCUUGUUUUUACCUUGUUUUAUUUCUAAACAUGGAUUAUUUAUUUUAAUGUGUACACCUCCCUCUUCCUGUACUUGGGACAGCUCAAAGAACAAAAUAAAUUACAACAGUCAUCCAUCUAAGAACCUUCUAACAAAAUAUUAAUUUCCAAAAUAGAAAACCAGCAGUACAGAGGCCCCCUCUCCAAAAACAAAACAAAAAACCCACCCUAGUUAAAAUCAGCAGCAAUACAUAGUAUUUCUAUAUUCCAGCAAUUCAGCAUGGCCACCACUCACUGACCAAAGGUCCUGAAAAGAAGCAGAACUUGUGUUUUCUGCAGAAAGCCAAGGGGAUGUGCCUCAGCUAACAUUCCUGGGGUGAAUGCUGUAAUCUUGGGGGCAAUUGACAUGCAGGCCCUGUGCCUCUCUGUUGAAAUUCCAGCUUUCUGUGAGCAGAGUGAGCAGAACUCUACUUGAUGGUCUUAGAAAACUGGAGUGGAGGAAUUGGCUCAUAAAGAUUGCAGAAACUCAGAUUUUUUAUUUCCUCUCCCUCAUUUCUUUACAAACUGGAAGUUUGCCAUAGUAAAAUGCAAACCAAAAAAAGAACAGCAUAAAUAAAGAUAGAGGCCAAAGUAGAGAGAAGAGUAUACCCCGCCUUUCUCUGCUAUAAGGAGUCGCAAAGCGACUUACAAACUCCUUCCCUUCCUCUUUCCACUAACAGACACUUUGUGAAGCAGGUGGGGCUGAGAGAGUUCGGAGAGAACUGGAACUAGCCCAAGGUCGCCCAGCAGGCUUCAUGUGUAGGAGGGGGAGAACACAUCCAUUUUAACAGAGGGAGGAGUGGGGAAUCAAGCCUGGUUCCUCAAAUUAGAGUCCAUUUCUCUUAACCACCACACCAGAGAGAGAAAUGGAUCCAAAAAGGGACUGUGAAGAAAACAGAUCAGAGGAGGAAGGAAGGAAAGAAUAAUAAGGGGCAUUUUCUGGCAGGGGAUCCUCUUACCAACGAUGCCUUCCAGAAUCUUCCCCUGCAUUGCUCUCCUCCUCCUUUCUGGAAACAGAUGAGAGAGGAGCCGUGGGAUUCUCUGCAAGGGCCCGGCACAUGAUCUUCUGUGGCUUUCCUCCCCACCGAAUCCUGAGGCACAAUGAAUCGUGUCGGCAAUAGCUUGGAUGACCUCUCCAAGGCCACCUUGCACAAUAACUCCCUGUGGUGGCUGGCUUGUGGGCUUCUGGCCCUGCUAGCCAACUCCUGGAUCAUCUUGAGCAUCACUGCCAAACAGCAGAAGCACAAGCCCCUGGAACUGCUGCUGUGCUUCCUGGCGGGGACCCACAUCCUGAUGGCCACUGUCCCACUCACCACCUACGCGGUGGUGCAGCUGCGCAGCGAGUCACCCGACUACGACUGGAACGAGAGCAUCUGCAAAGUCUUUGUCUCCACCUACUACACUUUGGCCCUGGCCACCUGCUUUACGGUGGCUUCUUUGUCCUACCACCGGAUGUGGAUGGUUCGGUGGCCCGUCAACUACCGUCUAAGCAAUGCCAAGAAGCAGGCUCUGCAUGCCGUCAUGGGUAUCUGGAUGGUCUCCUUCAUCCUCUCCACGCUGCCCUCCAUUGGCUGGCACAACAAUGGUGAGCGCUACUACGCCAGUGGCUGCCAGUUCAUCGUCAGCAAAAUCGGACUGGGCUUCGGUGUCUGCUUCAGCCUGCUGCUCCUCGGGGGCAUCGUCAUGGGCCUUGUGUGUGUGGGCAUCACUUUCUAUCAAACCUUGUGGGCGCACCGGAGGCACCGGUGCCAUCAUCAGAGGGCCGACGAAGCGGCCUCCUCUUGCCCUUCUGUGGCUCACAAUAACUUCAACGUGCCAGCCAUCGUGGUGGAAGAUGUCAGGGGUAAACGACGAUCAUCCUUGGAUGGAUCUGAGUCAGCCAAGACCUCCAUGCAAAUGACCAACCUCAUUAGCGCCAUCGUCUUCUUAUACGAUACGCUGACUGGAGUACCCAUUUUGGUGGUGAGCUUCUUCAGCCUGCGCUAUGACACUGCUCCCACCUGGAUGGUGCUGGCUGUGCUCUGGUGCUCCAUGGUACAGACUCUGCUCCUUCCGUCCUUCAUCUGGUCCUGUGAACGCUACCGAGCAGAUGUCCGUACUGUGUGGGAGCAAUGCGUGGCAAUAAUGUCCGAGGAAGACGGGGAUGACGAUGGCACUGGUGAUGAUUACAGCGACGGAAGGUUCUGCAAGGUGCGAUUUGAUGCCAACGGUGCCGCAGCCAUCAAACGGGACUCCCGGGACACUAAACUGUUACCGGUUCAUCACAUGCUGUUGCCGCAUGACAGGGUGCAUUACCUGCAGGUCCCCCUCUCUCGGAGGAUGUCCCAUGAUGAGACCAACAUCUUCUCCCACCGCUCUGCUCCUUCCUUCCUUCACAAGUGGUCCUCCUCCGAUGACAUCCGAGUGGUCGCCCCACUCAAAUCCGGAGGAUCCUCUGGCUUUCUUCCUCCAGAGCUCCGCAACUACCAUCAUCGCCGACGGCCUCCUGAAGAUGAACUCACCACACUGCGGCAGUUCUUGGAAGCCGGGCUGGCUGUCCGGGGCCCCGGUUCUAACGCCUGCUUCUUCCGUGACGAGAUCACCACCUUCAUUGACGAAACGCCGGCACCCUCCCCGAUGGGCAGUCCCCGCCACUCGCGUGCCGCAUCCUCAAUGCAGCGCGAGAGGCAUCACUCUUUAGGGGGUGCUGGGCCAGAAGAGGGCCCUGGCAGGGAUCGACGGUGUUCACUGACUGGGGAUGAAAAUCUUAGCCUCUGCAUAGGGGAGCAGGAGUCUGGCAAAUGGACCAUGGCCGCACAAGAGACACAGAAAUUGGGAGAGCUUAAUCUAUGAAACAACAUCAAAAGCAUUUGCUGGGUUUGGGAUUUUUAUGUGCAAACUCAACAUAUCUCUCCCACCCCACGACCCAAGGGAUAAUUGAGAUCCUCAUGUUUUUCACCAUGUUGGCAACAAAUGCGAAUGUUGUACAUUGCAGGUCUCGAUGUGGUGAGGAGGAACGAAGCACAGAAGGGAGUGGGAAGCAGAGCGUUGGAAGGAGCCACAAAACCUUGUUCUCGGGACAAAUGCAAGUCCUGGCCACCGCAAUUGGGGGCCCUGAUUCUCAGCUCCGUGCCCUUGAUAGAAUCGUUAGUUCAACCUGUUUCCCCCUUCUUAGCUCUACCUAUCAUGAGAAAAAAUUAUUGGUUGCAAAGUGUGGGACAGGAUGGUAUUAAAAAAAUCUAUAUUUGGAGUGUCA